UCAAUUAUGGCAAAACAAUGUGUAUUAACCUCCCACCAUACAUUCAGUUAAACAAACAUAACAGAUUGCUACCAAGACUUUUUUUCUUCAACCAUAUCCUGAAUCCAACCCCACCAUUUUCUGUUUCAAAACAUGAACACCAAAAUCAUUGAAGCAGAAUUAACCUUUACAUAAUCUCUUACACUUUUUUGCUGACUUCUUUAACAUCUCAUUUUGAUUGAAGGGGUUCUCUUAUCUCUCCCAUUCUUUUUUUUUCUUCCUCUCAUUGAUCAAAUACCACUCUCAUGUUUUUUGUCUCCCAAACAAGAAGAAGGAACUCAAUAAACAUACCAACAUUUUAACAUUGAUCCUUUGUUUUUAUUUAUGAAAACAAAGGUGGAACUCAAAGAAGGUCUACUCAACGAUGGUUCGAACUUUUAGUAACCAAAAAAGCAUGCAGAAGUCUAAGUCUUUUCAUUUGAGGAAGAUGUUUGAGAUCCCAGGGAAACAUCUUCAUGGUUUCUUUGAUAAGGAUAGUGAUGAAGGAGGUGAUCCUGAAAAGGUGUAUUCAAAAAGUUUUGAGUUGAGAAGUACAACUGAUCAGCCAAUUGAAAUUCAGCAACCAGGAUUGGCUCUCAAUAAUAGUGAGCAUGUUCCAGCAGCAAGCUUGGUGGGUGAAGUGCCUAGAAUGCCUCCCAAGCCACCAACUGAAACUGAAUUGAUGAAGGAAAGGUUUGCUAAGCUGCUUUUAGGAGAAGACAUGUCAGGUGCAGGGAAUGGUGUUUCUUCUGCAUUGGCUUUGUCAAAUGCCAUAACAAACCUGGCUGCAUCUGUUUUUGGAGAAAUUUCAAAGCUAGAGCCAAUGACUCAAGAAAGGAAGGCCAGGUGGAGAAAAGAAAUUGACUGGCUCUUAUCUGUGACUGAUCACAUUGUUGAAUUUGUUCCAUCACAACAGAUAGGGAAGGAUGGAACAAGCAUGGAGAUCAUGACUACUCGGCAAAGAAGCGAUCUUCUCAUGAACAUCCCAGCUAUGCGCAAGCUUGAUGCAAUGCUCAUUGACACACUAGACAACUUUAGAGAUCAAGAUGAGUUUUGGUAUGUCUCUAAAAAUGAGGAGGAGACUGAGGGUACACCUAACACCCAAAGGAAGAGUGACAAGUGGUGGCUACCAAUUGUUAAAGUUCCCCCAACAGGGUUGUCAGAUAUGGCUGGAAAAUGGAUACAGUUCCAGAAGGACAGUGUAAACCAAGUACUCAAAGCAGCCAUGGCAAUAAAUGCUCAAGUACUAUCAGAGAUGGAGAUCCCUGAUAACUACAUUGAAUCUCUCCCCAAGAAUGGUAGAGAUAGCCUUGGUGAAUCAAUCUACAAGAGCAUUACUGUGGAAUACUUUGAUCCUGGGCAGUUUCUCUCAACAAUGGACAUGUCCACUGAGCAUAAGGUUCUUGACCUCAAGAAUAGGAUUGAAGCUUCCAUAGUGAUAUGGAAAAGAAAGAUGACCAGCAAGGAUUCAAAGUCCACAUGGGGUUCUGCUGUGAGCAUGGAGAAGAGGGAACUCUUUGAGGAGAGAGCAGAAACAAUAUUGCUCAUGAUCAAACAGCAGUUUCCAGGACUUCCCCAAUCUUCACUUGACAUAAGCAAAAUCCAAUACAACAAGGAUGUGGGACAAGCCAUUCUAGAGAGCUAUUCAAGAGUAAUAGAAAGUCUUGCUUUCACAGUUUUGUCAAGGAUUGAGGAUGUCUUGUAUUGUGAUACAGUCACAAAGAAUCCAUCAUUGGCAGUGAGUAGCAGGAGGUUUUCAUUGGAUUCUUCACAAUUAGCAGGGCAGAAUUCCCCAGACUCUGAGGAAGAUAUGGGAAACAAGCAUUCUACAGGGACACCACCGUCCAUGACUCUCUCAGAUUUCAUGGGUUGGAGUUCAAACAAGGGAGGGAGUGAUAUGAAGAAGACUAACUCCACAGGAGACUUAGAAGACUACAUGAAUGAAAAAGAUGAAAAGAGUAUUAAUAAAUCACCUAAGUUAACUACCCCAAAGAAAAAUUACUACUUGGAGAAGUUUGAUUACUUGAAUGCCAUAAAAAGUCCCAUAGCUAGACAUUAACAUUAGUACCAAAAAAGGGAAUGGGGAAGAGAGAAAGAUUGGAACACAGACCAAAAUAGAAAGUCACAAUGCAGAUGUAAACACAGCUUGAGGCCCGGUUAUGUAGUUUUUUGUUCGGAUAUCAGUCAAAUUCAACGUGAACGGACUUGCAUCUCCAUCCACAAGAAAGUUCCGUUCACUUUUUAUCUUGAAGUGGGUGCUAACAUCCGUUUGCACCAGUAUCCAAACAUAGCCAGAAGUAGGACCCUACUUAAGUAGAAGCUCUUGGGUACUCUUCUUCCUUCCUUCCAUGGAAAGGGAAGUUAGAAUAUAACUAUUGAGUUGUAUGUUCCUGGCAUAACUGGUUUGUACAUUAUGUAAGUCAGACUCUUAGGUCAUGUAAUUUCUGGACUUUCUUGUAAAUUUUAAUUUCAUUACUCCUUCCAAAUAGUGGAAGACUGAUAUAGUCCUUGUCCUAAGAUCAUUGUUGAACUCGUCAAUUCUUUCA